GGCUCCCGCCGGCCGCCAUUUUCUUUCUUUCUUGGCAGACAGCGAGUGGGGCAGGAAGCGGUGGCUGAGCGACUAUGGCGGACUAUUCCACGGUGCCCCCUCCUGCUUCGGGCGCACCCGGAGGGGGCGGUGGUGGAGGUGGAGGAGUGAACGAUGCCUUUAAAGACGCGCUGCAGAGGGCUAGGCAGAUUGCAGCAAAAAUUGGAGGAGAUGCUGGCACAUCAAUGAAUUCAAAUGACUACGGUUAUGGAGGACAAAAAAGACCUCUUGAGGAUGGAGAUCAACCAGAUGCUAAGAAAGUUGCUCCUCAGAAUGACUCUUUUGGAAAUCAGCUACCACCGAUGCAUCAACAACAAAGGUCUGUGAUGACAGAGGAGUACAAAGUUCCAGAUGGGAUGGUUGGAUUCAUAAUUGGCAGAGGUGGAGAACAGAUCUCACGCAUACAGCAGGAGUCUGGCUGUAAAAUACAGAUUGCACCUGAUAGUGGAGGCCUGCCUGAAAGAUCAUGUAUGCUAACUGGAACACCAGAGUCUGUUCAAUCAGCAAAAAGAUUACUUGAUCAGAUAGUUGAAAAGGGAAGGCCUGCACCUGGCUUUCAUCAUGGUGAUGGACCUGGAAAUGCAGUCCAAGAAAUUAUGAUUCCAGCAAGUAAAGCAGGAUUAGUUAUUGGAAAAGGUGGAGAGACAAUUAAACAAUUACAGGAACGGGCAGGUGUCAAAAUGGUCAUGAUUCAAGAUGGUCCACAGAACACUGGUGCAGACAAGCCCCUUAGGAUAACUGGAGACCCUUAUAAAGUUCAGCAAGCCAAGGAAAUGGUGCUGGAGUUAAUUCGUGAUCAAGGUGGCUUUAGAGAGGUGCGCAACGAAUAUGGGUCAAGAAUAGGAGGAAAUGAAGGGAUAGACGUUCCAAUACCACGAUUUGCUGUAGGUAUUGUAAUUGGAAGAAAUGGAGAGAUGAUAAAGAAGAUUCAAAAUGAUGCUGGUGUUAGGAUCCAAUUUAAGCCAGAUGAUGGAACAACUCCAGAUAGAAUAGCCCAAAUCACAGGGCCUCCUGACAGAUGUCAGCAUGCUGCAGAAAUUAUUACAGAUCUCCUUCGAAGUGUUCAGGCUGGUAACCCUGGUGGACCAGGACCUGGUGGUCGAGGAAGGGGUAGAGGCCAAGGCAACUGGAACAUGGGGCCUCCUGGUGGAUUACAGGAAUUCAACUUUAUUGUUCCUACUGGCAAAACUGGAUUAAUCAUUGGCAAAGGUGGUGAGACUAUUAAAAGCAUAAGCCAGCAGUCUGGUGCUAGAAUAGAACUUCAAAGAAAUCCUCCACCCAAUGCAGAUCCAAACAUGAAGAUGUUUACUAUCCGUGGAACACCCCAGCAAAUAGAUUAUGCAAGACAACUUAUAGAAGAAAAGAUUGGAGGUCCAGUAAAUCCAUUGGGUCCACCUGUUCCCCAUGGACCCCAUGGUGUUGUUCCUGGCCCACAUGGACCUCCUGGGCCACCAGGUCCUGGUGCUCCUAUGGGACCAUAUAACCCAGCUCCUUAUAAUCCAGGGCCUCCUGGCCCUGCACCUCAUGGUCCUCCAGCUCCAUAUGCUCCACAGGGAUGGGGAAAUGCAUAUCCACACUGGCAGCCACCAAAUCCACCAGAUCCUGGUAAGCCAGGAACAGAUCCCAACUCAGCAGCUUGGGCAGCUUAUUAUGCUCACUACUAUCAGCAGCAAGCACAGCCACCACCUGCAGCCCCUCCUGGUGGGCCAGCUACAACCCAAACUAAUGGACAAGGAGAUCAACCAAAUCCAGCACCAGCAGGGCAGGUUGACUAUACAAAAGCCUGGGAAGAGUACUACAAGAAAAUGGGUCAAGCAGUUCCUGCCCCUGCUGGGGCUCCUCCAGGUGGUCAACCAGAUUACAGUGCAGCAUGGGCUGAGUACUACAGGCAACAGGCAGCAUAUUAUGCCCAGACAAGUCCACAGGGAAUGCCACAACAUCCUCCAGCACCACAGUGCAGGUUUGAUCCAGCCAGUAUAGAACUAGCUCUGUAGGGGUGAGGAGGACUGUGCUGUGUAUCAUCCUUGAUUGUUCCUUCAAGGAGCAUUGCACUGUAAGUACAUCAGAAUGACAAAUUGAUGAACUGCAACAGUAUCUUUUUGUCAAUGUUCCACAUAAUGAAAAUGCCAUACUUGUGUGACUUAUGUUGGAAUACAGUGCUGGUAUCUUAGGAAAUCAUAAAUGCUUCUUAAUUCAGAAACGUAGAUUUGUGUAUAUAUACAUAUAUAUACAUAUACAUAAUAAGAGCUUUGUGGGUAAGUAUUCCUGAAACGUUUAGCAGUAGCUAAAGAAAAUCAUAGUACUCCUGAGACAGCUGUAUCAUUGAGUGUUUUUAAAGUAUGCAUAUUGUAACAUUGAAGUCUUUGGAACUACUUGUUAGAUGGGAGUUGUCUUUGUCUUCAGAUAGUUAGCAGCUAUGUAGUGAUGUAGGUAUAUUUUAAGUAAAACUGUUACUUGCUUUAUGUUUUGGAACGCCAUAUUGUUGCUUUGAGAGAAUACAUUUUUUUUUUAGGGUGGCUGCACAAAGAAGUAAAAAUUAAGGCUCGAAAAUUGAAGUAGUUUAUUCAGGUAAUUAGCAAUAUAUGUUUUGUGCUGCAGAAAUGGAAGGAAUUAUUUUUAUCCCUUUUAAGAUUAGGAAUUAUUCUGGUAGUUUAAGAAAGACUAGGACAGCAUUUACUAUCUUUAGUGUAGGGUAUGAAGUUUAAUAGUUUGGAUAUUUUGCAUGAAGUUUGUAGAUAAUCUUAUAGAAUGGUGCAUUUAUUAUGUACUAAACUGAGCGAAAUUAAAUUCACUGGAUUCUCUUAUUCACAAAAUGGAGGCUGUUGAUUUUGAUUCAUUUAAGGUAUAAAAUCUUUAUUAAUUGCAAACAGUGCAAUUAUUUAUACUUCACAGUGCCUUCCCAGACCUUCCACCUUAGGUUCUGCUGCAAAAAA